GUUCUCCAUGAGAGCCGUCUCUGUUUAUCUCAGGUCACGCUGUAUCACCUGCUCAAGCUGUUCCAGUCCGACUCCAGCGCCAUGCCCAAGAAGACCGUCGUCUCCGAGUUCUACGAUGAGAUGAUCUUCCAGGAUCCGACGGCGAUGAUGCAGCAGCUGCUGAACACCACGAGACAGCUCACGCUCGGGGCCUACAAACACGAGACGGAGUUUGCAGAGUUGGAGUUGCGUACCCGGGAGAAACUGGAGGCGGCGAAGAAGAAGACGAGUCUGGAGAUCACGGAGCUGAAGGAGAAGCUGAAGGCCUCCAGAGAAAACAUCAACUUCCUGAAGGAGGAGAUACGCAAGCUGGAGGAGGAGGACCAGCUGAAGGAGCACUAAGGAGAACCUCACACACACACACACACACACACACACCUGUGUGAUGCUGUGAGGAUCUCUUCACCUCUGUGGAUUCCAUGAACUUGAUGUUUAAAGGUUGAUUAUUUCUACACUGGACUCGUGAGCUUGUAAUGUUUGUGUAAAAGAGAAAUGGCAGUGAGAACAUCUCGCUCGUUUCUAUUCGAGCAAAACCUGAAGGUCGUUCAUGUCGUGCUGCAGACCUGCGUAUGUUUAAAAAAAAUACAGUUUUCUCUUCUUCUUUUAAUCUCUUUCGCUUUCGAUUUUCCCGCUUGAGAGACGCGCCGACGCGGCGUCCUCGCUUUCUCUCACGGCAAAUGGAGAACGUUUUGAGUUCAUUAAUGUGAAAUAAAAUUCGUCAGUGUGUGUUCCGCUUAGCUAACGGUACACGUGUAGCUAACAUCAGUUAAAUAUAUUUAUUACGAAUGCACUCUGAAAAUGGUUAAAACGUUUAAUAAUACUACAGCGAAGUGUCAGGUCUAAGCUUUUCCAUAGAACUUUAAUAGUGAUGAUGAUUAGAAAGUGAUUUAAAACGUUUUGCUGAAAAUGUGGUCCGUUUUUCUGAGGAGCUUUACACAACAGAUUUGUAAAAGAGCGAUUUCUGAAAUGGAUUGUUAUAUUUUACUGUUUAAACCCCGCCUCCUUCAAGAGAACCGCGUGUUAUUCAUCUCGGGGUUCUGCAGGUCUGCGUUUCUUUUUUCCGUUUGUCUUUAAGGUUUGGAGAGAAAAACAAAAACCGGCUCUGUAUCAUUAAAGCAUUUUUUUACAGUAUGUGUGGAUUUAACAUAAAUAUGAUGUUUAAAUAAUUAAAUCUUGUACAGAUUCA